UUGUUUUUUGCCAUGGAAUUGACUAAAAUGUCGGAGAAGACAAAGAUCCACCAAGCUGUGGCCGCAGGGGACUACAAUUUAGUGAAAAAGAUUUUGAAGAAAGGUCUCUGUGACCCAAACUACAAAGAUGUAGACUGGAAUGACCGGACUCCACUUCACUGGGCUGCAAUCAAAGGGCAAAAGGAGGUGAUGCACCUGCUGAUAGAACAUGGAGCCAGGCCCUGCCUGGUGACUGAUGUGGGCUGGACUCCAGCUCAUUUUGCAGCUGAGUCCGGCCACCUCAAUGUGCUGAAAACUUUGCAUGCCUUGCACGCUGCCGUCGACGCCCCUGACUUUUUUGGAGACACGCCCAAGAGAAUUGCACAGAUCUAUGGGCAGAAAACGUGUGUGGCAUUCCUGGAGAAGGCGGAGGUUGAGUGCAGGGACCACCGCCGCAUCGCCCAGCAGAACGGGCUGCCGUUAGAUCAGUGGGAUGAAGACUGGGAUGCCAAGAAAAGAGAACUGGAGCAGUCUCUUCCUUCCUCAAGUCAAAGCACUAAUAAAACAAAGAAUAAGAAAAGUCGAGGCUCUUCCAGGCUCAGUAAUCACAAAGGGAGGAGAUUAUGA